GUAAUGACGUCGGGUGCUUUGCACCGGAAAAGAACAAGAUCGAGCUCCCUUAAGACCCGGAAGUAUUGUCACUCAAUCGCGGAAACAUUGGUGGCGGAUUUUAUAAAUGAAAAUAAAUUACAUUAAGACUUAAUUAGCUACGAUUUUUGUUACAAUAUUAGACAGAACGUGAAACUGAAUACUAUAAAGUGAACUACAACAAUUUGAAUUUACUGUAGCUUAAGUAUUCUCCUGCGGCCAGCACGGACCUUCAGCCUCAGCAGUAGCAAGGCACCAACCGCACUCCGCCGCAAAGGCGGCCGACUUUCAGCGCAGGCGAGUGAGGCUGCAAGUCGGACACAGGGAGGAAAGGCGGGGGCCGUCGCGGGGGGUGCGGAGGACUCCCGUUGCAGCCACUGCUGGAUGGUACGAAUGGAGCCCGGCUGCGUGCACAGAGCAAUGGCAAUGGGGCUGACGUCGAAGAAGGCGUCCGCCCGGAGCGUCGCCGUGGAAAGAAAGAACCUCAUCACGGUGUGCAGGUUCUCGGUCAAAACGCUCCUGGAAAAGUACACGGCCGAGCCCAUCGACGACUCUGCCGAGGAGUUCGUCAACUUCGCUGCCAUCUUGGAGCACAUCCUCAGUCACCGCUUUAAAGGCCCAGCAAGCUGGUUCAGCUCAGACGGACAGCGCAGUUUCUGGGAGUACAUCCGGCUGGCCUGCAGCAAGGUGCAGAACAACUGCAUUGCCAGCAUCGAGAACAUCGAGAACAUCAGCACGUCUCGAGCCAAGGGCCGAGCAUGGAUUCGGGUGGCGUUGAUGGAGAAACGUCUGUCAGAAUACGUGUCCGCUGCCCUGAGGGACACCAGAACGACCAGGAGGUUCUACGACGACGGCGCUAUCAUGCUGAGAGAGGAGGCGACAGUCCUGACCGGCAUGCUCAUCGGACUGAGCGCCAUUGACUUCAGUUUCUGCCUGAAAGGGGAAACACUGGAUGGCAAGUCACCAGCGGUGAUCGACUACACUCCCUACCUGAAGUUCACUCAGAGCUACGACUGCCUGAGCGACGACGAGGAUCGCCACAGCGUGGACAGCAGCAACAGCGAGGAGAGCGUCCCCGAGCAUCCGUACAUCCCGCUGGUCACCGACGAGGAGAGCUGGAGUAACAAAUGCCGCAAGAUGGAGCAGCGAUUCAAGAUCGUGUAUGCCCAGAAGGGCUACCUGGAGGAGCUGGUGCGCCUUCGCGAGUCGCAGCUGAAGAAUGUGGAGACGGAGAACAAACGUCUGAGGGCCAAAGUGGACGAGCUGGCCUCGCAGGGUCAGCGCGAGAAGAAGGAGCUGGAGGCUGUCGUGCUGGAGCUGCAGGCUCAGCUGUCAUCCCUCAUGCCCUGUGACUCUUCCCACCUGGGAAAAAACUUUUCCAUCCCGCUCAUCAACCAGUGGGCUGCCAUCACGGACCGCCGGGGCGACGUCAAACUCUUCCGCAGGAGGAGUUUUCAUAGUUUGGAGCAAAUUUCUGCCGAGAUCAGCCUCAACUCGGACUCUCAAAGGACAGAUGAGAGGCAGAACGGAGAUACUGCCUGGACCUCAGCAGGAAAGGACAACACGCCGUCCAUGUUGGGUCUGUGUGGCUCUCUGGCUUCGCUGCCGAGCUCCAAGUCGCUGACCAGCCUGAAGUCCAGCGAGUGUCUCGUGAACAUCAGCGCCGAGCCCAGCCCCGCGCUUUCCCCCAGCUAAGGGAAAACCACCCGCCCGCCCGACCUUCUUCCGCUUCCCACUUACUCCCUCCCACCCGGACCAACCGCCAAUGUCUCCGUGAAUGUACAGCAGGAAUUCUGGUCGUUAUUGUUUUUCUCUCUCUCUCUCUCUCUCUCUCUCUCUCUCUCUCUCUCUCUCUCUCUCUCAGCCGUUUUGUUGUCUUUCUGACAUCACAACAACACAAUCGAGUACAGAAAACACGCAGCUUUGGAUGUGAUGCGACACCUCCUUAUUUCAGCCCGUUCCCUUCUUUGUAUGCUUCAAAACCUGAGAUUAUUAUGAUUGUGUUGCAAUAAACUGCCUUUUACAUGA